CAUUGUGGUGCAGUGGUUCGACUAUGUGGCUGAUAGUACUUUCCUUUUAAAAAGUGUUCUUCAUUCAUCAUCAUUUCCUUCGGACUGGAAUAAAAUAAAAUAGCAGCUCUCCUGGAACGAAGGAAUCAAUUCAAUUCCUGCCUCUCCGCUGUCUGCACAACUUUGUUCCCCUCAUGCGAUCGAUAAGUGGAAUAUCCAGCCCAGGCAAUUGUCCCACCACCAACUCCUCCUCUUCUCGGUUAUCAUUUUAAUUUAAGCUUCACGAAUUAACCAAGGCCUCGUGUCAACGACAACGUUUUCAUUCUUGGAGCCAAAUUGGAGUUGGUGGCAGUGGAAGCAAAAAAUGAGGUUAACUGAAGAAUAAUUUACUCGAAGCAAUAACAAAAAACGGAAAUUCCGCAAUACUGCUUUGCGCGUCACGCCACGACCACAGCAAGGCUACGACCACAGACAAAUUUUCUUUAGUUGCAUGGUGCAUGUAUGACGAAUUGACGACGACCUCUGCGAUUCUUUUGGUAACUGCGUGUCAAAGUAUACUUGCUACAAGCAAAGCAGUGGAGUUAGUAGGUGUUAGAAGUCGCUAUUCUGCUGUCGACAAGUGUGAAUGGGCUCAAGACUGGGGAAAUUUGUAUACUAUUCAUACAACAUGAGUGAUCGUAGUGAAAAGAAGGAAGAUAAGCAUUGCGAAGUAUCAUCAUGUUCUAACGGAGCUUGUUCCAAUAGCGACGCAAACGUGUCCAAUUUGCAGAAGGAUAAGGAACAACAAUCGGAUGACCAAAGUGAUGGGAAGAGUAGCACGGGAAGCGGUGAAACAACUUGUGUUUCGUGGAGAACUCGGUCAGAUAACUGGUCAAUGAAGAAACGUCGUACUUUUAAAAGUGGCAGUUCCAGUAAAAAGGAAUUUUUUGGGAAGCGAAACAAAAAGUGGCCCAUGAGGAAAUCAAAAGGAGAAUCUUCAGAUGUAGAGCCACCCCCCACGGGAUCUCUCUCUUGUGUUUGCACGAUGUAUCGAAGGAUGAAUUCGGAAAGUGAGCAGCCCACACCUGGAUCGUCUUCUUCUGCACUGACUUCUAACAAUAAUGACACGAUUCAAAGAUUGUUUGCCACCACCUCCGCUGCUGCAAGCACAACUGCCAACAAUCCCGUUGGUCAUCACAGCCACACCCCAAUAAUAGAUUUAUCACGAUUUAACCCUGCUGACUACCCUAUUGAUGACGAAGACGAAAGAAUGAGGCAACAACGAGCAAGGGAGAUGGCCGAAGGUGUGGACGUGGAGCUGUCAUCACUUGUCGGAGAAGUAUCCAUCAGGAAUGAACGUUAUCCUGCCCAUUCACAAGUGGAUUUCAUUCAUUAUCUUGUUCCGGACUUGAAAGAGAUCACAAAUUGCUCAUUUUAUUGGGGUAAAAUUGAUCGUUACGAGGCAGAAAAGUUGUUGGAAGGAAAACCCGAGGGAACAUUCUUAUUAAGAGAUUCAGCCCAAGAAGAAUACCUGUUUUCCGUCAGUUUUAGGCGAUAUAGUCGUUCUUUGCACGCCAGGAUAGAGCAGUGGAACAAUCAGUUUUCAUUCGACUCACAUGACCCCUCCGUCUACUCCUCGACCACCGUUACAGGUUUAAUCGAACAUUAUAAGGACCCUUCAUGUUGUAUGUUCUUUGAACCUAUGUUGACCACCCCACUCCAUCGUAUCUUCCCAUUUGGAUUGCAACAUUUGGCUCGAGCAACGAUAUGCAGCCAUUUGAAAUACGAUUCAAUUAAAGAUCUUCCCCUUCCAAAAUCUCUCAAAAUGUACCUAAAAGAGUAUCAUUAUAAACAACGCGUACGCGUACGGCGAUUGGAAUGACCUCAAGGCAUUAUCUGUGACGACAUUUUGUCUGACUUCGAUUUCUCAUAAGAUGGUAAUCUUAUGUUAUGAGAAAUUAAUGUGGUACUAGUGUAAUGUUGACUGGACGCGUCGUGUGUUCAUAAUUACAAAUAUCGUUACUUUGUAUUAUCACUGAUUUUGCAAUAAUUUAAAAAUCCUGCACAUUCAAUCCUGUUUCCUGGAUGAGUCUGAUCUGAUUCAGGCUGUGAAUAUACUUUCAAUCUUAAGAAAGAUGCUAAAAUCUCAGCCUGCUAUAUGCUACCGACCGACUUAUUGAAGUUACCGAUCUAAAUAAUUAUUUUGUAAUUGUUGUAUAUCAAAACUAUUAAUUUUGUAUAAUAAGUUGUUUGCCCUUGCAAUUUACCUUUUGAAAUUUAUUUAACUAAAUGCAAUUAACAUCAAUCAACACGGCUCGAAUUUCGCCAAUCAUUGAUUCGUCUAUCGUUCGUAUCUGGAAUAUGUCCUGCCUAACUAAGCAAAAUACAGCGAUUAUUUGAGUCUAAAUUAUUCUAAUCGCAAUUAGUUUCACAUUUCAUAUGACGCUGUCUAAAAGAAUUGUGAGUAGAGUUAUAUUAUAUCUAUAUAUAAACACAUAUAUAUAAAUGUUGACCUUUAAAAUUAUGAUAAAUAAAUCCCUCUAUACCACUACCCAUGACCAUCAGUAUGAAAUUAAUUUGAAUGACUAAAUAAA